AUGGAGGUGCUGAUGGACUCCCUCCCUCCAGAUGCAAGGAGGAGAGCAGCAGUAUCAGUUGAGAGCUGCAUCACCUUGGGUCGCUCGCAGAUCCCAGCCUGCCUGUCUCCUUCAGCAGGGAGCUCAGCGCUUCUCUCUGUUCCACCCAGAAACUCGCUGCCAACAUGUCUGAUACCGAGGAAGUGGAGCAAGGAGAGGGUAAGUCUUAAAUCUGUCUCUAAUUGCUUCCUUGCAAGACUGCAACAUUCGCUGGCCACGUCUGUCUUCUCCUUUCUGCCCAUUGUUGAUAUUUUAACAAGAAGUGCUGAGGAAUAUGAAGAAGAAGAAGAGGUUCAAGAAGAAGUUCAUGAGCCAGAGGAAGCCCCUGAAGAAGAGGAGAAGCCCAGAAUAAAACUAACUGCUCCUAAAAUACCGGAGGGUGAGAAAGUAGAUUUUGAUGACAUCCAAAAGAAAAGGCAGAACAAAGACCUGAUUGAACUACAGGCCUUGAUUGACAGCCACUUUGAAGCCAGAAGAAAGGAAGAGGAAGAGCUGGUUGCCCUCAAGGAGAGGAUUGAGAAGCGCAGAGCUGAAAGAGCAGAGCAACAGAGAAUCCGGGCUGAGAAGGAGAAGGAGCGUCAGGCAAGGCUUGCGGAGGAAAAGGCACGGAGAGAGGAAGAAGAUGCCAAGAGAAAAGCUGAGGAUGAUCUCAAGAAGAAGAAGGCUUUGUCCUCCAUGGGUGCCACAUACAGUAGCUAUCUGGCUAAGGCUGAUCAGAAGAGAGGGAAGAAGCAAACAGCUAGAGAGACGAAGAAGAAGGUCCUGGCAGAGAGGCGCAAGCCCUUGAACAUUGACCACCUUAAUGAAGACAAGCUGAGGGACAAGGCCAAGGAACUGUGGGACUGGUUAUACCAGCUGGAGACUGAAAAGUAUGACUUUACAGAGCAGAUCAAGAGGAAAAAAUAUGAGAUUGUCACCCUCAGGAACCGGAUCGAUCAGGCUCAGAAGCACAGCAAGAAGGCAGGAGCCAAGGGCAAGGUUGGCGGGCGCUGGAAGUAAAAAACCAGGCAGGAUGGCCCUUAGUGGCAUGCCGAAACCCUGCUGGUCUCCUCUUUCUUCCUUCACCAAUCACUUGUGUUCCCACAUCUCAAUGAUAACAAAAAUUGCAACAUCAGCCUGGGUUGGCAAUUGCUGCUGCUUUUCUUCUUUUUCUUCCUGGAGGGGUCUGGCGGCUUCCUCAGUCAAAAGGAAGCAGGUUCCCUGUGAAACUGUGAUGACUCCUUGCUGGCAUCUUCAAUUCCUGCCGAGUGUUUCCUUUAUCCUUCUGAUACCAGUCCUAUGCUCUCCUGUAGAUUGCUGGGUACAAAUCUCUGGAUUUUGUAAAUAAAGUGCGACCAGUACCUACUCCAA